AUGAAGCACAUUAUCAAUCCAUAUGAAAACAUCAAUGAUUCAGGAAGAAAUAUUUCAGACUGUCCUCCUGUUGUAUUGCCAGAAGAGAUAUUUUUCACAAUUUCCAUAUUUGGGGUGUUGGAGAAUCUAAUCGUCCUUCUGGCUGUGAUCAAAAACAAGAAUCUUCAGAUACCCAUGUAUUUUUUCAUUUGCAGCCUGGCCAUUUCUGAUAUGAUGGGCAGCCUGUACAAGAUCUUGGAAAAUAUCUUGAUCAUGCUCAGAAACAUGGGUUAUCUCAAACCUCGUGGCAAUUUUGAAACAACCGCCGAUGACAUCAUGGAUUCCAUGUUCAUUCUCUCUCUGCUUGGCUCCAUUUUCAGCCUGUCGGUGAUUGCUGCAGACCGCUACAUCACAAUAUUCCAUGCCCUACAGUACCACAGCAUUAUGACCAUACGCCGAACUGCUGUCAUCCUGGCGACCAUCUGGACAUUCUGCACAGGAAGCGGCGUCACCAUGGUGGUCUUCUCCCAUCACAUCCCCACGGUGCUCACCUUCACUUCUCUGUUCCCCCUGAUGCUGCUCUUCAUCCUAGGCCUGUAUGUGCAUAUGUUCCUGCUGGCCCGUUCCCAUGCUAGAAAUAUUUCGAUCCUCCCCAGAGCCAAUAUGAAAGGGGCUAUCACACUGACCAUCCUGCUUGGAGUCUUCAUCUUCUGCUGGGCCCCCUUUGUCUUUCACGUCCUCUUAAUGACGUUCUGUCCAAAUAACCCUUACUGUAUUUGCUACAUGUCCCUCUUCCAGGUAAAUGGUAUGUUGAUUAUGUGUAAUGCAGUUAUUGAUCCCUUCAUAUAUGCCUUCCGAAGUCCAGAGCUCAGAGACGCAUUCAAAAAGAUGAUAUUCUGCAACAGGAACCAGUGGAAUUACUGA